AUGGCCAAAUUAUUAGUUGCCCUGGGAAUAAAUAAUCAAUUUAAAAUAGCAUUUGUUUCCUUUUUCAGGACAGCCAGUAGAGGGGACUUCGUAUUUUCUGCUGAUCGUCUGAUCAGACUUGUGGUUGAAGAAGGACUGAAUCAGCUGCCAUACACAGAAUGCACGGUGACCACUCCGACAGGGUACAAGUACGAAGGUGUAAAGUUUGAAAAGGGAAACUGUGGAGUCAGCAUAAUGAGAAGUGGAGAGGCAAUGGAGCAAGGUUUACGGGACUGCUGCAGGUCCAUCCGCAUAGGAAAAAUCCUGAUCCAGAGUGAUGAGGAGACUCAGAGAGCCAAAGUGUACUAUGCAAAGUUCCCACCAGACAUCUACAGGAGAAAAGUUCUUCUCAUGUAUCCAAUAUUAAGCACUGGCAAUACUGUAAUCGAGGCUGUAAAAGUUCUCAUAGAACACGGUGUUCAACCAAGUGUCAUAAUCCUGCUAAGCCUAUUCUCCACACCCCACGGUGCCAAAUCCAUCAUCCAGGAGUUUCCUGAGAUCACAAUUUUAACGACAGAAGUUCAUCCUGUUGCACCAACACAUUUUGGACAAAAGUAUUUUGGAACAGACUGAGACUAAGCACAGACUGCCUGUGUUACUGUACAUUAUUAUCUUUUUUUUCUACAUUUUAUUAUUUGUGGCUGGGUUGGCCAAGAGUGUAUUUACAGAAUCUUUUUGGCCAAAGGGGAGCUAUUUGAUCUACAUUCAUUUGAUCUGGCUGCUUCUUGAACAUUGAAUCAGGUGCAAUAAUAAAGCACAUUCAGUUACUGCAAACAAAAGGCAUUUCAAUGUUGUGCUUGUAUAAACUGCUGCACUCUGUGCUUUAACUUAUUUAUUCUUCCACAGCCCUGUUCUAUGGCUGCUUGCAAGAGCAAAAUAAAAUAAAAUAACUAAACUA